CUGCCGCUGCCGCUCCGCUACCCGCGAGAUUCGAGGCCGAGGCCUGAGGCCUCGAAUUUUGCGGGCAGCGGGGCGGCAGCAGGAGCGGCAGCGGGAGCGGCAGCGGGAGCGGCAGCGGGAGCGGCAGCGGGAGCGGCAGCGGGAGCGGCAGCGGGAGCGGCAGCGGGAGCGGCAGCGGGAGCGGCAGCGGGAGCGGCAGCGGGAGCGGCAGCGGGAGCGGCAGCGGGAGCGGCAGCGGGAGUGGCAGCGGGAGCGGCAGCGGGAGCGGGAGCGGGAGCGGCAGCGGGAGCGGCAGCGGGAGCGGCAGCGGGAGCGGCAGCGGGAGCGCAAGCGGGAGCGGCAGCGGGAGCGGCAGCGGGAGCGGCAGCGGGAGCGCAAGCGGGAGCGGCAGCGGGAGCGGCAGCGGGAGCGGCAGCGGGAGCGGCAGCGGGAGCGGCAGCGGGAGCGGCAAGAUCAUACGCGUAUAAUCAAAUGGACCGACCCUCGAAUACAGCGGUGCAGGAGCAGGGCGGGGGCGGGUAA